UGACUAAAACUUUUAAUAUUUCAGAAUGAUUUACCUUCUGAGGUUAAUACAGUACUUACUGCUGAUGAUCAAGCAUGUGGUUCACCAACAAAAACCAGUUCACCUGAAGUUGUAUCAGAUGCACAAUGUAAAAAUGAGACAACCAAUCAGUCUGCUAAAAUGCCGGAUUUAUCAGUAAAGGGGAAAUUAGAUUUACCUUCACCAAAUUUCUUAAAGGUAAAAGCAAAAUAUGAAGCACUCAAAGCAAAUCCCCAAGACAAUUUUAUUACUUCAUGCACUAAGCCAAACUGCAAUUGUUCAGCUAAUGUUAUUUAUUGCACAUUGUGUGAUUUCCAUAUAGAAAAUGAGAAAGAAUUGACAAAACAUAAGAAGAAUAUCAGUCACCAGUUACGAAGAGAGGAUUUCUAUCGAGUACAAUAUUUAAAAGAAUUACCACCACCUACAGAAACUCAGUUCCAGAAAAUGGAAGAACUGUUCGAUAAAAUAUAUAAACACUAUUCUCAAGAAUAUGAAGAUGUGAAUAUACGUUUUUCUGUUGUAGACAAAUUAAAAUUGGUAUUAAAAGAUGUGACUAAAGGUAAUGUAAAAAGUAUUUUCAAAAUUAUAUAUUUUAAAGUUUAAACUGUUUCCCAAUAU